AUGUCGAUACAAGAACAGGUUACACAGGUUCAUUCUCUUUACGACACAAUUCUAAUCCUGGAUUUUGGUUCCCAAUACUCGCAUUUAAUUGCAAGACGUAUCAGAGAAUUUGGUGUAUAUUGUGAAAUGCUACCAUGCACCCAAAAAAUCAAAGGGUUACAAUUCGAACCUAGAGGUGUUAUUCUCUCGGGAAGUCCUUAUUCAGUUUAUGACAAAGAUGCACCGCGUGUAGAUCCUGAAAUAUUUAAUUUAGGAAUACCCAUAUUAGGAAUUUGCUAUGGCCUUCAGGAAAUUGCAUGGAAUCAUGGUGGUUCAGUAGCACCUUGUAAUAAUAGAGAAUAUGGCCACGCAUUAAUGAAGGUUGAUAAGCAUCAAGGUCAUCCAUUCGUUGACAGAUUAUUUGAUGGUAUAGAAGAUUCCAUACAAGUUUGGAUGAGCCAUGGUGAUCAAUUAGAUAAAGCUCCCGAGGGUUUUAAGGUGAUCGGACACACAUUAACUGCGCCAUUUUCAGCAAUUGCUCAUGAAGAGAAACAUUUAUUUGGUAUUCAAUUUCAUCCUGAGGUAACACAUACACCUCUAGGAAAAGAGAUUCUAAAAAACUUUGUUAUAAACAUUUGUGAGUGCAAGACGAACUGGACAAUGAAAUCAUUUAUUGAUAAUGAGAUAGCACGAAUUCAGCAGAUUAUAGGACCUAAUGGACAAGUUGUUGGAGCCGUAAGUGGUGGAGUGGAUAGCACAGUUGCCGCCCGAUUGAUGAAAGAAGCGAUCGGGGAUAGGUUUCAUGCAAUUCUUGUUGAUAAUGGCUUGAUGAGGUUGAACGAAUGUGAGACUGUUAAGAAAAAUCUCGGUGAUCAUCUCGGAAUAAAUUUAAAAGUUGUAGAUGCUUCCGAAAUAUUUCUCGAUCGCCUUAAAGGCGUCACUGAUCCUGAAAAAAAACGAAAGAUUAUUGGAAACACGUUUAUUGAAGUGUUUGAAUCAGAAGCUUUGAAGAUUGAUCAAGAAACAAAGGAGACUGGACAUUGUCGAAUUGAAUAUCUUCUUCAAGGAACUUUAUAUCCUGAUGUCAUUGAAAGUGUUUCAUUUAAAGGACCAAGUGCCACUAUUAAAACUCAUCAUAAUGUUGGUGGAUUAUUAGAGGAUAUGAAAUUAAAACUUAUUGAGCCCUUAAGAGAAUUAUUCAAAGACGAAGUACGCGAACUUGGUAAAACAUUGAAAUUAGAUGAUGAAUUAAUUUGGCGUCAUCCGUUCCCUGGACCCGGUAUUGCAAUUCGUAUAUUAGGUGAAGUUACACCUAGUCAAGUUGCAAUAGUCCGAGCAGCUGAUCAUAUUUACAUUGAUGAAAUAAAGAAAGCAGGACUUUAUCGUAAAAUAUCUCAAGCUUAUGCUGCUUUAUUACCCGUUAAAGCUGUUGGCGUUAUGGGUGAUAAAAGAACUUAUGAACAAGUUAUUACUUUAAGAGCUGUUGAAACUGUAGAUUUUAUGACGGCAGAUUGGUAUUCAUUUCCUUAUGAUGUAUUGAAGAAAAUUAGCAAUCGAAUUAUUAACGAAGUUAAAGGCGUAAAUAGAGUCGUGUACGAUAUAUCCAGUAAGCCUCCGGCUACAAUAGAAUUGUAG